GGUUGUGUUUGAUGCGAGCCUACCAACCCCAAUGAAUACCCGUGCGCUAAAUAGAUACGUCAAGCUUGCCUUCUCGACACAAGACCGUUCAGUCUCGCUCAGUCAUGGAUGGCCAGAGCCCCACUCGCGAAACCAUUAUUCGUCCAGAUACAGUAACAGAUGUAGCGACACAGAGAGACAGAAAAAGCGAAUAAAACAAGAAAAGAAAGAGAAGGAUCGUUGAGGCACAACGAGGGAGAGAGAAAGAGAGAGAGAGAGAGAGAGAGAGAGAGAGAGAAAUAGAGAGAAAUAGAGAGAGAGAGAGAGAGAGAGAGAGAGAGCCUCUAAAACCUUUGCGCCCGAUUGCCUUUCGUACGAGUUUGUAAAGCUCAUUUAAAGCUGAGUUUACGCAUUGAUAUAGACCAAUACCGGGGACCUGUACUGCAUUUCUCGGCUUCCUUUUCUAAUUUUUGUCUCCAUUUUCCCAGCCCUGUUUCAUUUCCAUCGCAUCUCAGCAGGAUGACUGGUUGGACAAUCGAACAUUUCUUCCUCAUCACUUUUCUCCAAUAGCAUCGUCGAUUCCAAGCUUUUAGAUGAGCAAACAUCAAUACGACAACUCGCCAGUGUAGUCCGGUCGUCGUCGUUUUAGCUCGCUGAUAUCAUCGACCAGGGAGAUAUUUUUCUUCUUGUUGCUGUCGUUGUUGACAUGAUGAUGCCCAAUUUUGCCCUAGCUACAAUACGGAUUUCUUUUAUUCUUGUUAUUUUAUCACGGGUUACAUGUUCUCCUCUCGACGCCACGGAACAUUAUGGGAAGAGGCGGCGAGGCGGGUCGGCGUCACGCCGAACACCAGGCGGCUUACGAUCCGAGCAAGAGGCACCACCAUGGCAUGAAAACGAUUCACCCUACGGAAACAACGACCAAAAAUCGAACGAUGUCGAUGAUGACGAGCAAGAGGAUGAAGAGGACGACUAUUCGGAUUAUUCAAACCCUAAAGUUGAAGGGGACGCCGAGAGGAGGUUACUGACAUCAUUUGGCCUCUCUGCACUGCCGAAGCUUGAUAAAAAGGCCGUGAAAGAAGCACCUUCUUUUAUGUUGGAUCUCUAUGAAAAGUUACAAGGUUCGCAAAAUGAUAAAACCUCGGAGGAUUUUAAUCACGAUGAUGAUACAGCCCCAGCAGCAAAUACAGUCAGAAGUUAUUCAGAGAAAGGAUCUCGAUCAUCAGGUCGCAGGUUGUUCGAGUUCGAAGUCAGAGGGAUAUUGGAUCGCGAAACCAUCGUAUCGGCUGAGAUCGUCCUUUACAAACGUCAGUCCAGACUAUCAGAAUGGGAACCUAUGGAAUCGGAUGCAAAACGGGUUAUAAUUGAAGUCUACCAUGUUUACAGAUUAGAGAAGAAAGGUGAUGUGAGAAGACGGAAGACCCUUGUCGAUCAGAGAAUAAUCCAUCUUUCAUAUUCAGGAUUGUUACAAUUUAACGUCACAUCGGCGUUCUUAAACAAAGCACAAAAUUUAAGGAUUAGUAGUGACAAUACCAGCGUCAUGACAAGAACAUUUGAAGUCAAAAUCAGAGCGCAAAGCGCAAGCAUUAAAAGAAUGGUGCGAUUUAUUAAAUUUCCCGCCGAUAACAGGCCGGAGAAGCAACCCCUUUUGGUGUUGUAUCUAAAUGACAAUAUGAUCCAGAGGCGGGACAUUGGGAUGCCUCUUGGACAAGAGGGUGUGGUGGCACCACGCCGGUCAAGCAGGAAUAAACUAGAACCACAUACACCUGUUACCGCAUCAAACAGGUUAGAGACGCGGUUAGAAAACAGCAUUGAGCUGGAGAGGCGGUUAGAAGUAGCUGCAGCGGUAGAGGGAAACUCAAGGACUGAUAACAGUGGCGUGGGUAGGGAGCACAAGGCACUGAGGAGGAAAAGGAGGGCUGAAAAUCGGGUAUCAUCAAGACCCGGAAGAACCAAAUGCCAGCUGGAAGAGUAUGAAGUCAAUUUUGAAGACAUUGGGUGGACCACGUGGAUCGUUGCUCCGAGAACGUACCACAGCAAUUUCUGUGAAGGGUACUGCCCCUUCCCCCUCGACUCUCACUUCAACGGGACCAAUCAUGCUGCCGUACAAGCUAUUCUACAUACCAGGAAAAUGAAACGCAGAGAUGGAAGACGGAUUCCAAGUCCUUGCUGUGUACCCAACAGUUUCACUGGUCUCUCGGUGCUCUAUUUGAACGAGGAGAAGAACGUGGUCAUCAAGGACUUCGAACAAAUGGUUGCUACAAGCUGCGGAUGUCACUGAUGUCGGUGAUGCAACCACGCGAUCGUCAUCGGUUAUGGUUUCAUCAGUAGCAUACUCAGUGGUGCCUAGAGAUGAAAUGAUGAGAUGAUUAAAAACGUAUGUGAACGUAACAAAAGAUCUGCCGAUUGGUUCAAAAGAAAGAAAGAAAGACAAAACUCUACUGCCAAAAGAUAGUCAUGACAUGACAAGGAACGGGUAUAGAUGAAGUGACGUUACUGUGCACCGAUAUAGCUGACGUCGAAAGAACACGAACGGUACUAGUCAAAUGUAACUUGUAUAAUUAUGUUAAUGAUCAGAUUGUGUAUAGUUUGUGCAAGGAGAUAUUAUAUAGACUCCUUGGUUGAUGUCACAAAUGUCACAUUGUAAGACGGCGUACCAAUGGUACUAUCUUUACUAGAUAGAGGUUGCUUUUGUAGACUUGGUGCCGAUGCUCACACCUGCAGAACAGACGAUGUGAUAACAUUGGCGCCAUUUUCUGGAUGUAUGACAGGUUUGUAGGCAUAAUCUCUGUUUAUCAAUGUUAAAUAAGCGUUUAUAUCAAACGGGUAUAUGCAUAUUGUAAGUCUAGUGACAAGGCUAUAUGAUCGUGUCCAUACUUAGGCUUAAUACUGUAAUCAAUGUGAUUGAACUCAGCGACCAACAAUUAGAAUGAAAUAUGAAAUUAUUACGCACAAAUUUGUUUCACUUCCAGUGCAACAUAGGUCAUAUAUUUCCACCCAUUUGGUGUGCUUAUAUAAAGAUAUUGAUAGAAAGAUUCUGAAAACCUUCAAAAUCAAGAAGAUGUAUGGUUGAUGUUGUAAAACCAUAUACAAAGAUCUGUUAUGAUUAAUCACAAUACCAGAGUAGAACAGAAAAUCUAGCAUGAUUAUCCCAAGAUAUAAUAUAAUUGCCACAAUAGCAUUAUUUAAUAAAAAUUGAUUCAUAAUCAUAUUAAAACAGUUUACAAGGGACCUCCAUAACAACAGCUCCUAAGAGCUCGCUCAACCUAAGCAUUUUAUUAUUUGUAUUAAUAUAAUGUUAUGAAUGUUUCUGAAUCACAACGGAAAUGAAUGCACCCUUUUAUGAGGUUACAUAACAACUCACUAAUUGUCUAUUUGUUUAGUGCCGUAAAUUACAGUGCACAUGAUAAAAGAUGUUUAUAGGAGAUAACAUGCGUUGGUCCUAUAUUAUUGGAUUGAGUUUCUUUCCUUUCACAGAUUAUAUUCAUGUGCCUUAUGAGUUUUAUAUACAGUACUUUCUUUCGGGAAAAAAAAGUUAUUCCCUUGGUCCUGUUAUUACGGUAAUUGACAAUGGCAAAUUCGAUAUCCACAAUUCAUUCAAUAAAAUUAAAAAAAACGUUAAAAUUUGAAUUUGAACCAGACGGAUCACCUUCAAAUCAUGUAACUGUUAAGGCGUUAUCUAAAUGAAAGAUAAAUGAUUUGGAUGCAUUUAUCUUAUUUUUACUUUCAACAUGCAUCAGAAUACUUGAAUAAGCUGGACGCACAAGUCAUGUGUAUAUUAAACAAACGUAAUCAUUCAACUUGAAACUGUUUGUAAUUUCUUCAAAAGGAAUAAAUAGCAGCGAGGUGCGUGGGAACAGAAUUCUCCCCCUUAGACAUUUAAAAUAAAGGACCAUCUUCAUUGAUUUAUUUUUCGUCAUUGAAUAAACAGAUGACAAAGGGAAAUGAAAAAAAAGGGAUCAGCAUUAUUCCUUUAAUUGAAAUAGUAAGUCAAAACACUUUUCAAAUUUGUUUUACCGUUUUUACGGAACAGAGCCCUCGUCGCACAGAACAACAAAUACAUGCUGUAAUGAUCAUGAUUCCUGUAAUUUGUAUAUACUAAGAGAAAAUAUGAUUAUUUUCAUUAUUGUACAAGGUUUCGUCAGUCAGCAUUAUGAAAACAAGUAUUAAUAGCUAUAUGUAGUACUAUGCAUUAUGAUAAUGUAUAAAUUGGCCAAAUUAUUUCAUUUGUUUAUCAUAUCAAAUGUACCAGUUGUGUGUUACAUAUCCAAAUGUAUUAUGUCAACCAAUUAUAUAGUACUUAAUCUAAAUGUAUUUCAGGUGUCCCUCCUCAUAAUGAUAACCGUCUGCGUUGCUUGGUUAGUUGGUCAUGUUGGUCAUGCGAUAUUAAGUCCUAUAGUACUAUUGUGAACAUAACAUCGUUACAUUAAAAUAAUUAUCAUCAUCAUCAUCAUCAUCAUCAUCAACAUCAUCAUCAUCAUCAUCAUCAUCAUCAUCAUCAUCAUCAUCAUCAUCAUCAUCAUUUCACCAUAUUGACUGAAAUGAACAGAUCGAUUUGGGGACAAAAGACAGCCAUAUUUUGAAAAACAAGUUCUAAUGAAAUCUUAGAUUGAAAUUAAAAAUAAAUCUAGUAACAAAGUCGAGGAUCGUUGCAUUACGGCGUUUCUCUUUAACGAACGAGUUAGGUUGACGCAAUAACAUGCUUUUCAGAAUGUUAUGUAGGUUACAACCAGUAUAUAGUUAUCGCACAAAUUGAGAAAGUAUUGUCUUUUUAACAAAUGAAACUGCAGCAUGUACAUAUGCUUUUGAUGUAUUUAUUAUAUAAACCAAAGUCAUUCUGAACUUAAAAGGCGUAGGCAACACAAUAUGAACAACAUCGAUGAAUCAAUAUGUUUGUUUUAUGGACUUUCAUUUUGUUAAAUCAAUUUUUUUAAUUCUUGUAUAUUUUUGUGAACUUACAAAGUGAAUCGAACGGGAAAUGCUCAUGAAAGUACGAUAUAUGGAAAUAAAUAUUUAUAUGAUGUAGGUAUUCUGUAUAUACAUUGCGAUCAAAUAGCGAUGCGAUAUUGCGUAUGAUAUUUAUAUAACCGUGUUGUACUCUAAACGUAACAAAGUUACCUUAAACUUGUACUGUGAGUCGGUAGAGAAUCAAGAUCACAUUGAUAUCGGGUCACUGUGAGUCGGUAGAGAAUCCAGAUCACAUUGACAUCGGGUCACUGUGAGUCGGUAGAGAUCAAGAUCACAUUGAUAUCGGAUCACUGUGAGUCGGUAGAGAAUCAAAAUCACAUUGAUAUCGGGUCACUGUGAGUCGGUAGAGAUCAAGAUCACAUUGAUAUCGGAUCACUGUGAGUCGGUAGAGAAUCAAGAUCACAUUGAUAUCGGGUCACUGUGAGUCGGUAGAGACUCAAGAUCACAUUGAUAUCGGAUCACUGUGAGUCGGUAGAGAAUCAAGAUCACAUUGAUAUCGGGUCACUGUGAGUCGGUAGAGAAUCAAGAUCACAUUGAUAUCGGGUCACUGUGAGUCGGUAGAGAAUCAAGAUCACAUUGAUAUCAGGUCAUGUUAUAGCUAAGCUUGGACAUUUUCAGACGACUUAAUAUAUUUUCUGAUCAGUCAUAAACCUUCAUAGUUGUAAAGCAGUUCCAUGGAAACGACAAAUAAAGGCUGACUUAGUAUAUUUUUUAUAAUAUAUUCUAUUUCGUAUAACCAUCAGAAUGCUGGGUCAUUAAGACAUGAAUGACUUUUAUGGACAAUAUUUUGUUUCUUCUUUUUCUUCAAAGGGAUAUAUUUUUCCCCAAAAUCACAUACACUUUGUCCCGUUAUGCAUUGGUACAAAACUAGACGUAGAGGGUAGUAUUGAUAUCUACUGUGGUGGGUAUAUCAGUAUUUCUUACUUCUAUGAUAUCGACAGAAUUUUUUGUUUAAAUGAACUCCAUAUGAAUAUUGUGCUUGCCAAACAAAUGCACUCACUUCUAUCACUGUUCGUUUUUGACCAUUUAACUUGAUAUUAGUAUGUAUAUUUUUGUAUUUAUAAAUAAUGACGACAUUCACGACAGAUGCACCUUUUUUAUUUUUUAUUAUUUUUUAUUUUUAGAUUUCCGUAUUGAAGAAUGUCGAGCAUUCUGCCUAACGCAUGUUUUCAUAUAAAUCUGAUAAAUACAGACGUUAUCCAAGAAAACAAUAUGCAGAUGAAAAGUCUCACAAUCUCGACAAGAAAGUAUCGUAAAAAUAUCCCUUCCAUAUUAUUGUGUCCACAAAAGGGCUGACAUUAUUUAUAAAACGGUACGUUACUUACCUCACAAUAGAGUAUCAACGGGGUAUUUUAUUGUCUUCCAAGUUAUGUUUUGAAGUCCUUCUAUGUUUUUUCUUUCAGUUUUUGAAGGUAAGAACAGGAUUGUGACGUAAUAGUACAAGCAAAUGUUGAUGAUUACCGUGGAAGUCUUUACAGUAUUGUGUUUAUGUAAUGUAAGAAUAACAAAUAGAUGACGAAUUUCACGAUGGGGUAGGGGCAUGCAAUCUCAUCGAUUAUUAAUGCAAAUUCUAUUAUUAUUUUUUCUUUUCAUGUUUCCAUGUUAUUUCCAUGUUAUUCUGGUGUAAAGGAAAUGCAAAUUUUCAGUGGUAUUAUUAGGUUCCUCUCAAAGUGUUGACUACUGACAAAUCUUUAAAAUUAAAAAAAGAAGAAAGAAGAGAAGACAAAUAUAAUCGAGAAAAUGUCUGAACUGAAGCCAUGUAGAGGGAUUGUGGCUAAUGUCAUGUAAUUAUAAUAUGCAUAUUUUGUCCGAAAAAAUGAAUUAUUUCCUGGAUAAAUGACUUGAAGCUGCUUGAACUUGGUCAAAAUAUUGAUAAAUGUAAACAAUGAGUGCGUUUUGUGAAAGUAGAAACCGUUCUAUGUAAGAAUUAUUCAUAAUUCACAUUAUAAUCCUCAUAAAUAGAAUAUAUAAAUAUGACAGCAUUCUAUAUCAAAUA